GCACCGCGACUAAACUUCAACCCGCGGUUCCGACUGUCGCUCUCACCUCGUCUACGUUGUCGCAAUCCCUUUCAUGCACUCAAGACCAUGCAUGUUUGCAAACCCAUUCUCAAAGAUCUCUGUGUUAGAAAAAUUCUAUCUUAAGAACAGUCAUGAGACUGAAGGGUACUCAAUGACGACCGGAACAUAUAAGGGUUAGACGUCGGGAGCUCGACGCUAAGGAACUUUUCAACUGCGCAAUGGUCUCUCAAGUCAAAGAACUCACUGAUCUCUGGCCAGAACCAUCCUCACCACCGUCCCGAUUAUCUCCCAGCAGGUUACCUGGGGCGGAUCAUGAAUCGACAGAGACACUGCGUGAGGUUUUGAGAAAGAACCAUGAGAGAUGGCAUAUCUUCUACGAUGAUCUCGGUCGACACAACCAUAUAUCUCAUCAUUGUUUGGCCGUCUGGGCUUUAGGAGGUCAUAAGGACAUUGUUCGAAUGGGAUAUGAUAAGAACGAGUUCUUGCAACAGCCUCGAGGAACGUCACCGGAGGUUAUAACGGAGGACAAUUGGAUUGAGCAUCUCGGGAAAAGGGAAUACUAUGCUGGUUACCAAGACUUUUUCGCCAACGUCGUCUCUAAGAUUGGCGGUUCAAAGGCACUAGAAGAAUACGUGUUCUCUUCAAAGGCCAAUUUCGGGAGCAAGAACAGCGCUGGUAGACACCCAGAGAUGCUUUGUCGUGUCCAAGCUGGGAUCAUGCACGGGCUCAUUCAUGUUGGGUAUGGCGCUGAGUUUGGGUUACCUGGGAUGUACGUUGAAGGUCUAGCUGAAGCAGCUGUUAGUGAAGCAGAAAGCAGUCAGCUCGUUCCACCGUCCCUGUUUGACUCUGUCGAUGCGGAAACCAAAUCUUCGUCUUCCGUCACAUCCCGCCUACAAUCCGUCCUUUCACUUGGAGGGGAGUCAACCCCAUCGUCAUCCUCGGGCUCGUCAGGAGCCAACGCUUUCACUGUGCUUGCGCGUCUUGAAAGAGACCCAAAGAUUGUUUCCAAAGACAUGGGCCUCGAGAUGAUGUAUUAUUCGCUCAUGAAGGACUGCGGUGAUGCGCUCUACAAGUACGCCAGUGAGUGGACGUUGGAUGUGUCAAGCCCGGAGUCAGUUCAAGAGAAGAUCGAGGAGCUUCAUUGGGCGAUGACGUUUAUGUACGCAGUAGCUGGAUACAAACAGCUCGAUGAUGGGGACUUCAAUGCUGAUUUCCUUUCAGUACACUUCAUAACCUCAGGAAUCUUCCUCCAAUCCCUCGUCUCCAUACUUUCCCCGCGCUCCCAGGUUCUCCUCCUCCGAAGCUUCUUCGCCACCGUCCUUGGCUGGUGGGUUCUCAUCGGGAAACCUCCACUCGACAGCAAGAAAAUCCGGGCGUUCUUCUCGGACGAAGAAAUCGCACGUCCUACCCCACCUCUCCCUCAACCCGCUCCUAAUGCCAAUGCAUUACCGUCCCCAACCUCUCCGGUAGCUAUCAACCCCAACCCAUGGACUUGGCUCAUCCAACAAGCUAUCGUUCAUCCCGACGACCAUUUCCCUAAAUGUCAGCGAGCGUUGGUGCAUUACGCUCAGUUGUAUGGGACUAGACCCAAGGGUUAUUGGUCUGGGGGUAAACGGAAGACGGAAUUGGAAGGCGCGGAAGAUAUGGAUGGGACGUUGUUUUUGAGAGCUGCUGUGUUAACGCAGAACAGGCUCGGGAGAGUGUUUGAGAAUGUUCCGAGUUUGCAGAUUUAUUGGGAUAGGAAGACGUAUAUUCCUGGAGCCAAGUUCGAUAACUAUUAGCUGUUGGGUUUUGGUUGCGGAUCAUGUUGGUAUUUGUGAGGUUUUUUUUUACUACGAUGCGUGGUUUUGAAUGACCUUGGCACUCGUAUAUUCGUUUUUGGACUGGAUUCGGAUUUUUAUUCCCUGUGAGAAUAAGUAGAGAGAACGAAACUGUCUUUAUUCAAUGCAAGUUCUAUGUUCACACAUUAGAUCGGCGGGCGGAUAUGGGUAUAGUGUUGUAGUAAAUCCCGAGCAUUCCAACAAAUCCAAACAUAUACGAAACGACAAAACAGAAAACCAAAAAGUCCAACCAGUCCACAAAAUCGGGAGACCAAGAACCUUACAAAUAACGGUCAAACGCCACUUCUUCCACGACCCUUUCCAUCUCCUUCUGCGCGUCCUCGAUCACCGCAUCUACCACCUCUGGGGGUGCCUCGAGUGGGAUAAGCCAAUCGUGUCUUACCUUUCCGGAUGGUUUGGAUAAGUACCAUUUCUUGGGGAUCUUUUCCUCUCUUUCCCUUUUCCACCGCGGGGCGGCCGCCGGUUUGUUAUUCAUCAAUUUUGCGUUCACAUCCUCACCUUCACCAAGAUCACCAGUAUCACCGUCCUCAUCCUCAUCCUCAUCCUCCGUCAACAAAUACCAAGCCUCCAAACACUUUAUAUACUUCCCACACAUCCAACAAACCGGCUUCGAAGUCCCCACCGUCUGGGCCAAAACGUCCACUCCUCCUCCUCCUCCCCAACCCGGACUAUCCAAAUGGUGUAUAAGCUGCAACACCGAAUGGCAUUUCACUGUAACAGUAUUCCCAGGAACCCAAGCUUCCGAUAUGACAUCGGAAGAUAAAAGUUCGAGUUGGAGUUUCCGGUCUAGUCGGCGUAGUUCCCGAUCCACUUUCGUCUUCUGUGCUCGUGGUAGAGGUCGUAGAAGCAGUAUAGUCAGAUGAUUCACAAGUCCCAGAAGAAUUGUCUGUAUCCGUGCUCCCCUCUCUCGAAUGGGGCUGGGUUGAGCGGGGCCCGUAGUUCCCAUUGUAAUCCUCCUCGUCGUCGUCGUCGUCGCCCGAAGUAGCUCUUGACUUCCCACCGAAUCCUGAUCUGGAACUCCUCUUGGAUGUUCCUGCUCCACGAGACCCGUCGUUAUCGCAGAGCCCAAGAAUAGAGGGGAGAAGCUCCGAAGGUGACUCUUGCCAUGUAUAAGAUCGGAUGUUUCGUGAAGGGAGCGCAGUCGCCGGCGUCGGUGAAGCUGGGAGUUUACGUGAAUGAUUACCCUGGCCAUUCGGAGGUGAAGGACGUUCAGACUCGGAACGACUGGUGUGACGGGGACUCUGGUGACCCUGGUACUCGGAAAUUAACUCAAACACGAUCCCUCCUUUCGGUCUAUCCUCCAAGAACGCCUUGAUACCGGAUUCUCCAAGGACUUCGUGGAUAAAGGGAACGCCGAUGAUUGCGAAUUUUACCGCUCCACUAUGGUAGGACGCGAUGUGGGAGAAUCGUCUAAGAAGUGUGUGAAGGAAUAUCACUGAAAGGGAAGGGGGGGAAAUAAGACAAACCAGGAGGAACGAAGACAAACGUUGGACUCACGAUCUGCCUGCUUCAACGUGAUCCGGAACGUAUGAUGAUUCAGCAAAUCGUCGAAAAAGGUCGACUGAAUAAACAUAUCACACGCCCUCAUAAUCGACGUCAAAUACUGGAACCUCUGUUCAUCCCCCAUAUCAUCUGUACACAUAUCCGCUUGGUCGAGGACAAUCCAGAAA